AUGGCAGCGGUCGCGGACCGCACGCGUUCGAAGGUGACGCAGUUGGAGCAGGCAUUCAAUGACUGGCAGCAUGGCGAUGCUGUGUACACACAGCCGUUCCGGGGCUCGAAGCCCCCCACGGUCGGAGACAAGGAUGCUGCGCACUGGAUGGACAUCGAGGUGGUCACGCACUGCCUGAAUCAAAUGAGCAUGGAGGAUCGCGCCCACGUGACGCUUGACCAUUUUCGCAAAAUCAAGGAGGCGCUGUGCGAUGACGGCAACUUCCGGGACCUCAGCAAGGAGCGGAACCGCCCGGCAGACGGUAUCGAGCGCAAAACGGCGCAGAUCGUCAUGACAGCUGAUGAGGCGGGGCCAAAAGGCGUUGAACUGGAAGGUCAUCAGCUCUCCAAGGUCAAGCGCCAAGUGCAGUGGCUGUACAAGCACUGCAAGACGUUCCCGUGGAAACUGAACGAAAUGCUGGCAGACAAGCUCGAAAACAUCAGGGAUCAGUGGGGCUUGUCGGUGUUGAACCGAAGCAACCUCGAGGGAUCGCACAAGCCCCCGCAGACCAAGCCUUCGGCGGAGGACCAGACCGGCACCCCGCAAACGUACACGCCCGCGUCCAGCUCGCACACGGUGCGCAACGACCUCAGCAGGAAGCAGCAGGCUCUGGAGCAGCGCUUCGACGAGGCGGCAUCUUCCCUGGUGUCUCAUGCGCGACAGCCAGCUGAGCGGAAGGACGAGUCGCAGUGCCCGAAGCGCCCACACCAGGUCAAGGCGCUACAGUGGCUGUCGAGCCCGCGGGCGAAAGCCGGCCCGGCGAUCCUGCAGCUGCCGUGCGGGAGCGGCAAGACGCUCGUGAUGGGCUGGGCGAUGCAGGAGGUGACGCGGGGGGGGAAGUGGGCGGUCGUGGUGGUCAACCCCCUGCGCAAGAUCGCGAAACAGAAUCUAGAGCGGCUGUCCGAUUUCGCCAGGGACGCCCUCCACGUGCCAGCCUGGAGCGGGUCAGGGCAAGCAGGCUGGCACAAGAACAUUACGAAGAAGGAGGACAUCGAGAGGUGCAUGCGGAACGACGCCAAAGUCGUGCUCCUGAGCUGUUGCGCGUCCAAGACGCUGGUGAACAUCGCUCAAGCGCUGGUCGACAACGAGGAUGGCCUCAACGGUCGGCGCAUGCUAGUGAUGGUCGACGAGGCGCACCACAUGAACUCACAGUACAAGGAUGCAGCGUCAACGAGUCAGCAGGGGCACGCCCCGUGGAAGCUCGUGCGCGCCGCCACGCGAGCCUUCCUCGUGACAGGGACGCCGCCACGAGCGCUCGAGGAGGAGUUCGGGAAGCCCGGGUACAGCAUGAAACUCAGUGAGGCUAUCGCCCAGGGGUUCGUUGCGGACUACAGGAUGUGGACGCCAAGGGGCUCUGGUGGAGCAACGGAGAAGCCGAAACAAAAGAAGGGGUCAAAAAAGUCGACACACGCGGCAUCAAGCAGCGGUGGCCGCGCCAAGGCAUUUCCAGGGCUAACAGACCGCAACAAGCGCGCCUUUUUGGACGAUUCGAGGGUCAGCGACGUAGAGGCGUUCUUCCGCGCUGCCGCUCUAUUCUGCGCCGCCGGGAUGAGAAAACAGGGCUGCCGGUGCUGCAUCGCCUUCUGCAGUGCCAAGGAAGAGUGCGACUUCCUCAACGAGGCCUUCGAGGCGGCGUGCGGCCUGCUUGGGGCGCGCGCACACGUUGCAAAGAUCAUCUCGGAUUCCAAGGAGGAAGAGCGCGAGAAGGCGAUCGCCGAGUUCCAGGAGAACUCGAAGCAGAGCGGCACCCUGUCGCUGCUGUCCUCGAUCCGGAUCCUCGACGAGGCGGUCGACAUCCCCCAGUGCGACUCGGUGCUCUUUACCAGCUUGGCCAAAAACAUCACGGAAUGCGGCGCCGCGAGGGCGAUGCAGCGCCUGUGCCGUGCCGUGCGCGGCGGCAAGGGCAAGGUCGCGCACGCCUUCGUCUGGGCGGACCCUGACGGCGGGGAUGAGGCCAGCAAGUCGUGGGAGGGGUUCAUCGGCGCGCUGCAGGAAGGCGACGCCGGAGUCGCGCGCAAGGUGGGGAGUUUCGCUGUGUAG